AUGGAUCUAGCAUACAUUCCCGAAAACUUAUCCAGCUGCCUAAAAUUUGGAAAUAAAUCCUGCCCUACCACCAACCGCCCGCUGUACCUGCGAGCUCUAAUGUACUCCGUUAUGGCCGGAGCCAUGCUCAUUACUGUCUUUGGAAACUUGGUGAUCAUGAUUUCUAUAUCGCAUUUCAAGCAGCUUCACUCUCCCACAAACUUUCUGAUCCUCUCCAUGGCAACCACAGACUUCUUGCUGGGCUUGGUCAUCAUGCCGUACAGCAUGGUGCGAUCGGUGGAGAGCUGUUGGUAUUUUGGGGAUGGCUUCUGCAAAUUCCACUCGAGCUUUGACAUGCUGCUGAGCCUGACCUCCGUUUUCCACCUCUGCUCCAUCGCUGUUGAUCGGUUUUAUGCCGUGUGCUACCCUUUGCACUACGCAACGAUAAUGACAGUCUCCACCGUUAAGCGAUUCCUCGUAUUUUGCUGGUCCGCGCCCGCACUUUUUAGUUUUGGUUUAGUUCUCUCCGAGGCCAACGUAGCUGGCAUGCAGAGCUAUGAGAUUCUUGUCACCUGUUUCAAGUUCUGUGCAUUCACUUUCAACAAACUUUGGGGGACAGUACUGUUUACCACUUGUUUCUUUACUCCUGGCUCCAUCAUGGUGGGUAUUUAUAGUAGAAUCUUUGUUUCAAAACGACAUGCUCAAGUCAUCAACAGUAUGCCUGAAAGCACUAAAGCAGAAGUGAAAAAAAAUCUGUCUAAGAAAAAAGAUAGGAAAGCAGCCAAGACCCUGGGCAUCGUGAUGGGGGCGUUCCUCGCUUGCUGGCUGCCCUGCUUUCUUGCGGUUCUGAUUGACCCAUAUUUAGACUACUCCACGCCCAUGAUAGUACUUGAUCUUCUCGUGUGGCUUGGGUACUUCAACUCUACUUGCAACCCCCUUAUUCACGGCUUUUUUUAUCCAUGGUUUCGGAAAGCUCUUCAAUACAUAGUGUCAGGAAAGAUAUUUAGCUCUCAUUCAGAAGGUGCAAAUCUGUUUCCUGAAGGACAUUAA